CACAGCCUCGCCCCGCGUCAAGCCAUACCCCCCUCCCCCCCGCAACAUUUUCUCAAAUGGAUUUACACGUUUCACAAAAAUGACAUUUUCAGCUGAAAAAAAUCAAUCCGCGGAAAAUUCUCAUGCCUGAAUAUUACAAACUACAAAUAUGAUCAAUUGUCUUUAUGGUUUCAUCAUGAAUUACUGUAGGUGUGUUAUUCAAAUAGCAUGAUUUCAAAUGGACAGAAGUUCAAAACUCUCAUUGGCUCACUCGGUUAUAGUUUUCCUCACACUAACGUAAAUUAUGAAUCUAAAGUCUUGAAUAUUGAUAACUGUCUGGCGAAAAAUAAUUUGAAUAUGUUCACCGUUAUUUUCCAGAAACCAAAAAGCUCUGCAUCUCGCAGACUUUUUUUGAAGACCAAAAUGAUGAAGAAGGCCAUGGUGAUGCUGGAGAACGACAAGCAAGUAAGACGAGAAGAACGGGAGAGAACCCUGACGGAGAGAGUUCCGGAACUCCAGAUGUCCAACCUGUCCACACAGGAACUGCAGACUCUUUGCAAAGAGCUACACCAGAAGAUUGAUGUCGUUGAUGAGGAUCGCUACGACAUUGCUUUAAAGGUGGCCAAAAAUGAUAUCGAGUUGCGAGACCUGUCUCAGAAGAUCUAUGAGCUGAAGGGAAAAAUGAAGAGGCCGAACCUGAAGAGGGUGAGGGUGUCCGCAGAUGCCAUGUUGGGAGCGCUGCUGGGCGCCAAGGUCAAAGAGUCUGUGGACUUCAAGGCGAACCUCAAGACUGUGAAGAAAGAGGAGGAGAAGAAAGAGGAAGUGACAGACUGGCGGAAGAAUGUGGACGCCAUGGGUACGGGUAUGGAGGGCAGAAUGAAACUGUUCAACGCCAACCAGUAGACGUCGAUCUCGUCAUCGCCAGGAAGACAUUU